CGGCCACGUGGAAUUAUAAUUUUGUUGUGAACUUUAUGAUGUAGUAAGAGAUGCGAUGUGUGUUUAAUCUCAUACUUUUUGGAGGUUUGGUGUUUCAUCUUUUCUCAUCAGCUGGAUCAGACCGGUGUGGUGGCAGCAGCAGGGCCAGGAAGAAUGAAAUCUGCAAAACUUCAGCAACAAGUUCAACUUUUCUUGGGAUUUUAAAUGUUCUCAAAAUUUGCCACCAACAACAACAACAGUUGACUUGUGCCUGGGAUAGUUUUGAUGCUUACCCACAACCCAGUCCUAGGCAAAUAUUAGUGGAUACUCCACCGAGCAGCAUGGCCCUUGUACUGUAUCAGCCAACUAUUCUGAGCGCCUUCAGAGAGGAGACGAAAACCUUCAGCUUUGCAGGGAGGAGGAGUGUGACGAUUCGACAGAAGUGGGAGGAACUUGGGGUGGCAGCAGUUGUAUGGGACGCUGCAGUAGUAUUGGCAGAAUACCUGGAACAAAAUGUUGACAAACUCCAACUCUCAUUAGAGAACAAAUCCGUUAUUGAGUUAGGGGCGGGAACCGGACUUGUUGGAAUAGUAGCAGCACUCCUCGGUGGCCAUGUAGAUCUUACUGAUCGUAAAAUUGCAUUGAACCAGCUGCAGGCAAACCUGGAGGCAAACAUUCCUGAAUUUGGUGUCAGAGGUGGGAUCGCUGCAUCUGUCAAGGAGCUUACAUGGGGAGAGAACCUGCAGGAGUUCCCAAAGCCAUACGACCUGGUCUUAGGAGCAGACAUUGUGUACUUAGAGGAUUCUUUCCCUCAUCUAAUAAAGACUUUGGUGCAUUUGACCAACAAUGACAGCUUAGUGCUUUUGUCUUGUCGUAUCAGAUACGCCCGAGAUGAGAACUUUCUGGAUUUGUUGAGGGAGAAGUUUUCAGUUAAGGAGGUUCUCCAUGAAAAGACCAGGAAUAUUCAUAUAUUUGAAGCAAAGCUUUUAUAAUUUUGUGUCCCCCACUUUUUGAAGGGUAGGGGACAUCAAGUGUCCCUCCAUGUUUUUGACCACCCUUAUCAUGAGGCUCAAGUUUUGCACUUGAAGACCUACAUUGUUCUGUUUCAAUUAGGCCUCUAAAUGUCCUAAGAUUGCACCACAGAGCGAAAAGAAUGCAAAAUUUUCCUCAACUAUAUGUUCAAUAAUGGCUCCCCAAUUACACGUUCAAUAACUGCUCCACUAACUACACAUUCAAUAAUGAUCCCCCCAACUGCAGGUUUCAAUAAUGGCUCCCCAAACUACACGUUCAAUAAUGGCUUCCCAACUAAAAGCACACUCAAUUAUAGGGGAGCCAUUAUUGAAAGUGAAGUUGGGGGCGCCAUUUUUGAACGUGUAGUUGGGGGAACUAUUAUUGUACAUGCAGCUGGGGGAGCCGUUAUUGAACAUGUAGUUGGGGAGCCUAUAUUGAACGUGUAGUUGGGGGAGGCAGUAUUGAACGUUACGUGUAGUUGGGGGAGCCAUUAUUGACAAGUAGUUGAGGUGCCAUUGUUAAAUGUGUAGUUGGGGAGCCAUUUUUGAAUGUGUAGUUGGGAGCCAUUAUUGUACAUGCAGCUGGGGGAGCCAUUAUUGAACGUGUAGUUGGGGGAGGCAUUGAACAUGUAGUUUGGGAGCCAUUAUUGAAUGUGUAGUUGGGGGAGCCAUUAUUGAGCGUGUAGUGUGGGAGCCAUUUUACAAGAUCAAAGUUCAUGGCUUGGCACAUCAGGAUUUGUAAACAUUGAUUAAUUUCAGUCAAACAGCUUGCUGAUUGCAAAAUCCAUGUUAUUUCCGUCUGAAGUAAUCUAGUUUUAGAAGAAACUACCAAACUCAAGAUGGAGGCUGGUCUUCUGACUCAUCUCGCCACCUAGCAAGCUCGCCACCAACAAAGUCGC